CGGUGGCCAUAUUUGUUAAGGGAAGAGGACCCAAGGGAAGCGGAGAACUUUUCUUCCCUUCGCCUAAUGUUUGCCAUUCCAAACGAACUCUGAAUUAUGGCGGCUUCUGCGUCGACCCCCCACACGACUGACUUUCCAGCUGAGGGUCGAUGCAGUUACUACGUAGAAAAGAAGAAGCGGUUCUGCAGGAUGGUGGUGGCAGCGGGGAAAAGGUUCUGUGGGGAACACGCUGGAGCCGCGGAGGAAGAAAAUGCUCGGAAGAGAAUUCUGUGUCCUUUAGAUCCAAAACACACAGUAUAUGAAGAUCAGCUAGCAAAACAUUUGAAAAAGUGUAACUCAAGAGAGAAACCAAAACCUGACUUCUUUAUUCAAGAUAUUAAUGCAGGCUUAAAAGAUGAAACAGAAAUACCUGAACAAUUAGUUCCAAUUUCUUCUCUCUCUGAAGAGCAGUUGGAAAACUUAAUUAAGAAAUUGCGGAAAGCAAGCGAAGGUUUGAACUCUACACUUAAAGAUCAAAUUAUGUCCCAUCCAGCAUUGCAUGAUGCCCUUAAUGACCCUAAAAAUGGUGAUUCUGCAACCAAACACCUGAAACAGCAGGCUUCUAUUUUAGGUAACAUUGAAAAAUUAAAGUUACUUGGUCCAAGAAGAUGUUUUGUUGAGUUUGGAGCAGGAAAAGGAAAAUUGUCUCAUUGGGUUGAUAUUGCCUUAAAAGAUGCUGAAAAAGUUCACUUCAUCCUAGUAGAAAAGGUGACCACGAGAUUCAAGGUAGAUGGCAAACACAGGAAGAAAAAUUCAGUGUUUGAGAGACUUCAAAUUGAUAUUCAGCACUUGUGUUUGAACAAGAUUCCUUUGCUAAGCAAAGAAAAACUACCCGUGGUAGGAAUUGGAAAGCAUCUGUGUGGUGUGGCAACAGAUCUUGCAUUACGAUGUUUGGUUGAAACCUAUGCUGCCAGUUGUGAGGAAAGGAAUGAAGAACCUUUAGCCAAACGCAGAAAGAAUGAUAAAACAGACAAAGAAAUUAACCCUUUGGCCAAGGAAGGAAAUGAGAAAAAUGUCCCAGAGAAGUGGACCCCUGUGGCUGGCAUUGUUAUUGCACUCUGUUGUCACCACAGGUGUGAUUGGAGACAUUAUGUGGGCAAAGAAUAUUUCAGGGCUCUAGGCCUUGGAGCAGUGGAUUUCCACUACUUCCAGCGAAUGAGUAGUUGGGCAACUUGUGGGAUGCGAAAAACAUCUUUGGAAGCCUCCAACGUGACCUCAAAGAGAAAAGAUAAGCACAGUGAUGACAGUGAAGAGCAUGACGAUGGGGGAUGCAGAAUCACGGACGACAGCACUGAGAGUUUGCCUGGGCUCCUUACUGUUGAAGAAAAGAAGAAAAUAGGGCAUCUUUGUAAAUUGCUGAUUGACCAAGGCCGAGUCGAGUAUUUACAGCAGAAAGGUUUCAGUCCUGCUUUACAGUAUUAUACAGAUCCUCUGGUGUCUUUGGAAAAUGUAUUGUUAACUGCUUUACCAAAUCAUUCUUCAUCACCAGAAACAAGUGCUUAAUGGAAAAGAAAUUUUGAACAUCUGUCUUCCACCAAAAAAAAUUUUUUCAAUUGUAUUUUUAUAUUCAUGAAAAUAUAAUUUACAUAUAAUGUGAACUUUAAAAAAUAUUGUAGCCUCAUUGAACUUUGGCAAUAGCUUUGAUUUUUACUUUAGAAGUCCAAACAUUGAGUUCACCAAAUUCCCAAAGUAAUUCUUUUCAGCAGGGCAUCUUGAGUUAUAUUAUCCGUCAGUAUCCAUAGAGAUUGGUAAAGUAGUUGAACAGUUGACUUGGUUAUCUGAAACACACAUAACAUAUCAGUACACAACCAGCACACUAACUUUCUAUUUGUAUUAAUUUUGGAAAUUUUUUUCCUUGAUUUUAUUCACUGCUCUUUAAUUCUCAAGUUCAAGAUGUAAUGAUCAAUCAUCAGUUCAUAACAAGGGCCAAUUUGAGAAUUUGGUUUAUGUAUGGAUUUUUUGUCCAUUUAGAUCUGGUAAGGAUAAUCAGUUGUGAUUUUUUUCUAAUGUAAACAAAUUCAGAGAUGUUCACAAUUAAUGAAUUCACCUUCCGACUUCCAGAGCCAUACCUGUAUUUAUGUAUUAGCUGCAUUUAUCCAUGACAAACAACAAAACUAAAGAGAUGUUUUCAAGGGAAAUAAGCUAUUUCACUUCAUUUUUUAAUUGAUUACCUAGUUAGAAUUUCCAAAAAGAUAAGAUAAACCUCAUUCACAAAUUAAAUUCAAAUUUGCAGAUAACUUCUGAAGUUAAUUAGCUAUCAUAUCUUUUAACAAGGACAGUUUUAUACAUAUAAGUACAGCUGUAAGUAUAUUCUCUCCUUUUGGGGAAAGUAAUUUGGAAUGAAGUGGAAAUUAGAUAAUGAAACCAAAAACAACUUCACAUUUAGGCCUCAUUUAACUCAUAAGCAGUUUCUAUGCACAAGCAGAUAUUAAACUGAACCUAUGGUAAGGACUGUUACUCUCUUCAUAUUAUUCUUGAAUUAUUUCUGCCUUUACUUGUAAAAAUUGUCUUAAUCAUUGGUACCUUUGCCAAGACAAAGAUCUGAAUUACUAAUUUUAGAUCCUAUAAUGAUAUUCUUAGGUAACUUUUUUAUCCUGUAAAUAGAUCUAUGAUUACAUGAAUUCUAAAUUAGAAGCCUAGCCCAUUUUUAAUCCCUGGCCUUUCUACUUUAAUCUCCUUUGUUUUCUGAGACUGCCUAGAUUCAGAUCCUACCCUACCACCUCAGGGUAUGAUCUUGAGCAACUGCUUAAUCUCUUUGUGCCUCAAUUUUCCUUUUAAAUGAGGGUGAAGAUAAUACUACUACCUACCUCAGGAGGUUGUUGUAACAAAUGAGAUAACGUAUGUAAAAUGCUUAGAACAGUUCCAAGCACAAUGUAAAUACUCAAUAAAUAUUAAGUGUUAUAGUACUAAUUCACAAAUCUAUUUUUAAUAACAAUAGGCAGGGUUGGUCUUAUUAUUUCUGCUUAAGUUGUAACCUUUUUUCUCUUUUAUAAUUUUUAUGCAAAUAUUGUUAAAGUAAGGUAGUUGGAUUAUUUCUAAAGUUAAUUACUCAUCCUCCCAAACAAAAGAACAUAAAUGAAAGUAAUACAUCAUUCAAUAAUUUACAUGAAUUUACUGGAUCAGGGAAUGCUAAUUUGUGUCUUACAAUCUGUUUUGCAUCAUUGAACAAUUUAUGCCGAGAAAUAAAAAAUAUUCUACAACAGGCAUAAUCUCAACUAUGUUUCAUAAAACAUACAUACACACACAUAAGAGUUAUGCUGAUAACAGCCCUGUGCCCAUUUAACUUAAUGAUAUGUUUCUGACAAUGGUUCCAAGUACUUUAUGCGCAGGUAAGGUUGUCGUUACACAAGCUAUAAGUGGAGAUUGUUGUUUUCCUUGACCUUGUUUAUUUCCCUUACUACAAUAUCCUAAGGAAGUGACUAUGUGGGAUAUGUAUAUUGGUAUCCCUUGACCUGCUGAAUUUGCAGGGUCAGCAAACCCCUUCAGGAGCUUUAGAUGGAUCUACACAACUGCCUCUUCCUGCAUGUCCCACAACCAUGUCCAAUUUACUUCUCUUCCACUUCUACCACCAAACAGCUUCUACACUUCAUUUCCCCAUCUCAGCAUCACCAUCCAUCCGGUUGCUCUAACCAAAAACAGAUUAAUCUUGGAGUCUUCUCUUUCUCAUCAUUCAGUCAUCUGUUCUGUCCCCUAUCUGUCUUACAUAAUUAUACCCCAAACUAAGCCCCAAACUAUAACUUUACUUAUCUUCCUCCAAUCUAUUUUCUGUGCUAUCGUUUCUAUGACUUGCUGUCACAGAUCAGAUGACCAUUUCCUAACAUCCUCCACUGGAUGUUGGUAAAAAUGAUUUCUUCUAGCUAAAAAACUCAUUUGUUUGCUUGGAUUACACUUAUUCUCCAAAGUAACUAUCUGAAGAUAAAUUUAACCUUUUGAUUCAAAAACUUCACAUUUAAAACAAAAAAAUUUCACAUUUUAGUGAAUUAUAAAACCAUGAUUUAUAUUACUCUAGUUUCAAUGUUUUUAUUAACAGAAUUGUUUCUUUGGCUUCUUCUAAUCUUGGUUUAAGUUAAAGGCUUUAGUUAAGUGAUUUAAUUCUUAAUUAUCAGAGACUAAGUGAUUGAAAUUUAUAUAUCAAAACCUCACAUUUUAACUAUUGGUUAAAAUCUCUGUUCUCUUAAUAGUCAUCCCUAGGCAGAAUAUUGUGUUGCUAUUUGUGGAUUGUAGAAAGAAAAAAGAAAUGACAGGGAAGGUAGUGUUCAUGAGUACACAGAAAUAUAUAAUAAACUGAUAGAAUUAGGUAGUGAAGAUUUAAAGACGCACGUCUUCAUUCAUCUGGUUGUGCUUCAAGUGCUUAGCCAAAGAAAUUUGUUUCCUGUCUCUACUUGAAAAAUUUUCUGUAUAUUUACAAUUUCUCUCCAAGCCUUUAUCAAAAUUGUGAACAGAUUCGAAUUUCAUUUUUUUCCCUCCCACAAUAUAUAUAUAUUUUUUUAAAUAUUUAUUUUUGAGAGAGAGAGCAUGAGCAGGGGAGGGGCAGAGAGAGAGAGGCAGAGGAUCCAAAGCAGGCUCCAUGCUGACAGCAGAGAGCCCAAUGCGGGGCUCAAACUCACAAACCAAGAAAUCAUGGCCUGAGCUAAAGCCAGAUGCUUAACCGACUGAGCCACCCAGGGGCCCCUCCUUCCGCAAUAUUGACCAAGAGACAAAAUUUGACGGAAAAGGUAAGAUGUAAUGAGAAAUCUAUAAAGGAACUUAUAUAUAUACACAUUCUUCUACCAAAUAUUUGUCUUGUGUUAUAAAGAAAUCUCAUACCUGCUCUUCUCCGUGACUCCUGUAUAUAUAUAUGCAUAAACUGAAGGCCAAAUAAUUCCCGUUCCUCUUCUUCAUCUAUGCUUUCACUAGGAGGAAGUGUUACUUCCAAUUUCAGUGGGUUGUCUCUGAAGUUGACAAACCUAGCAGUUCACCAAAAAACAGUAUUUUUAUAGGUGCCAUAGAAGUGAACAUUUAUUUCCCUAGCAAAAGAUCAAAUGAUAAUAUGGUAAAUUAAAAAAAAAAAAAGUUUCAAUAACCAGACAUCGUGGUGAGAUGUGAUAAGUCCUAAGAAUCUUUUAAGUUUCUUUUCUAGAAGGAAGAAACCCUAGCUUUAGACAACUUAUUUUCAAAGCUUAUAGAAGCAACUGUUAGUUCCUACCAUAUAUUUAAUGUGGAACAGUUCAACUUCCCAGAGCAAUUCCAGGGCAUCUCAAACAUACAAUUAAUGCUAUGAAAUUAAAGUUUCUGUGUAUGUGUGUGUGUGUAUGUAUUUUUUUUUUUAACGUUUAUUUAUUUUUGAGAGAUAGAGCAUGAGCAGGGAAGGGGCAGAGAGAGGGAGACACAAAAUCCAAAGCAGGCUCCAGACUCAGCUGUUAGCACAGAGCCUGACUCAGGGCUCGAAUUCACAAACUGUGAGAUCAUGACCUGAGCAGAAGUUGGACACUCAACUGACUGAGCCACCCAGGCGCCCCUUAGUUUCUGUAUAUUUUACAGACUUACUUGUGUCUUAUUUAUCAUUGUAUCUUCACCAUCAAUUACAUGACCCAGUAGCUGCUGAAUUGAUGAAUGAAUGAAUGAAUGAAUGAAUGUAUGAAUGACUUUGUUUUGGAAAUUGUAGGAUUUGAUGUGAAUUUGCAUGUCUUACAUUCUCUGUUAGGAAAUUAAAUUUUGGAAGUAAGACACUUGAGGGAGUUCUGAGAGUAAUUAACUUACCAAUUUACUCUAUAACAUGGUUACCUGUGUCCAUAGUAGUCUUUUAGAAGGAAAAUAAGCACUAUUUUUAUACCUUUUGCUUUUAUUUGUAGAUGAGGUUUGUUAGCAGUUACAAAGCGAUUUUCAUAAAAAUGUCACCAACAGAGGGUAUUCCUUAAAGCUGAUAAUGCCAGUUUGACUUUUGUUUCAAGGAUUCUUUCUUGAAUAAUUUUAACCAGUGUUAUAUGAAUCCUACUUAUGUGAUUAUAGAAUUUCAAAGUUGGAAAAAAUUUUUAAAUAUAUUCAUUCAUAUGAAUGAGAACUCAAAUCUAUUCAUAAAAUUGCUCUAUAUUACUGUGUUCUGCAACCAGAAAGGAACAUGUCACUUUUGGGUCUACAACUUUUACCUCAGAUUGGUCAUCUCUUCCAUGCACACUGGAAUAUCUUGCAGUUUAUUGUUGCUGAGAACAAGAGUACCCAGGUUUUUCAUAUUGCUGAUUGUUUCUGGCAAGCAUGUUAUUUCAUUCCGUUGCAGCCAUAAUGUGUGUAGAGUUUGCAUUCUGAUGAAUUAAAAGAGGUUUCUGUGAUUAAUCCAUACAUAAUAUGAAAACCCUGAUUCUUAACCUAAAAUCAAAGAAAGGUAAUCUUUUAUAACAUCUCCUUUAACCAGUAUAUCAGUUAACUGGUUUCACAUUACCUGAUUAGGGAAACUGCAUCAGAGUCAAUCCCUACCUACACUACAGUUCUCGCAUGUGGUGGUAGAAGAGAAACCAAUGUAUUUUAGUGAAUUCUUCACUAUUUGCAUAGGAUUUCUUAAAGAACUGCUGUAAAUGUUAUCUAAUCUGAAUUAGAGUGUUAGGAGAAAAAUCAGAAAUUAUUAAUAUGCCCAGUUAGGGCAAGACAAGUAUGCAUAACAGACUCUGGGCCAGGCUGCCUACAUUCAAAACCUAGACUGCACACUUACACUGUGAUCUUGAGCAAUUUAACAUCUCCACAUGAGUUUCCUCACACAUUCGUAAAGUGCACAGAGUGCCUGGCAUGCACUAAAUAAUGUUAUUGUUUGCCAUAUUCAUGUCAAUAUGGUCACGUCAGAUAGCCAGUUUUUCUCUCCCCAAACCCUUAGGCUUAUUUAAGUAAAUGAAAAUAUUCGGUUAAAAAGUAGCAUAUUAGUACUACGUGGAUCUAUUGUGAUUGAUUAGGUAGGGUCCCCUUUGUUUUGUCUAUUAUUUCUUAUUUAUUACGGAUGGCUUCAACACAUCCAAUAGCAUAGAAAAUUAUUUUACCUUUCUAUAGUAUCAGGAAGUUGUUCAAGUCUGUUGCUUCCCAUGUCGAGCCACUCAAGAGCAGGCAUGUUCAACACAGCAGGAGGGAUUGUAGUAAAGUGAUUCAUACUCAAAUCAAGGUGAGUAAGCUUUAACAAAUUGCUAAGCUGAAGAGGAAAGCAAAAUUUUUCAAAGUGAAUGUCCACAACGUAAAGUACUAGAACACUCACAUUGCUAAAGGAGAUACUUCACAUCAAGGAACGUUCAGAUUACACUUGGGCUUUAUUUAGUCCUAGUAGUCCACAAUAAAAUAAAUUAAUUUUGAAAUAAAAAUAAAGCUAAAAAACCUCCAGAUAAAUUAAAAACUUGUAUAGAAAGUUCAUCUAUUCCAAGAAAACUUAUCUUCCAAAUACCCAAGUUCCAGGGUUUGCAGAACCUGCUUGUGUUUUCCUUUCAUCCUGUAUCUGAGAUUUGUAUGGGAAAACCCAAACUUCAAAAUAUUAUUAUCUUUAUUGAGCCUUCUUUUUUGCGCCUGAUGCUUUACAUGCGUUAUCUCAAUCACAGGAUUUACCGUUUGGUAAUUCUAUUUUUUAAAUGAAAAACAUCAAUAAAAAUGUAUUAAGAAUAAUAUAUCAAACACCAGCAUGCUCAGCUUAAGAAAGAAAAUAUAGAGGUGCCUGGGUGGCUCAGUCAGUUAAGCGACUGACUCUUGAUUUCAGCUCAGGUCAUGAUCCCGCUGGUUCAUGAGAUUGAGCCUAGCAUCAGGCUCCAUGCUGUUGGCACGGAGCUUGCUCAGGAUUCUCUCUCAUCUUUGCCCCUCCCCCUGCACAUGCACGCUCUCUCUCUCAAACUUAAAAAUAUAUAUAUACUGAUAUGACUGCCUCCUGUGUACUCCUCCCUUCUUCCUUUCCAGAGGGAACCCUUCUCCUGAAUUUGGUAUUUAAUAUUCCUGCAUAUGUUUUUUUUGUUUUUAUUACUAUAUACAAAUAUGUUUUCUAUAUAUUUCUCUAUUAUUACUAUUAUAUAUGUUUUCACAAAGUUUAAUAUUUUUAUUUGAAGAUUUUGAUAGUGUACUUCUCUUUAACUUGCCUUUUUCUCUCAACAUCAGUAUCUCAAUGUAUUCAUGAUGCUUAUAGCAUUAGUUUAUUCAUCAGCUUUAUAAGAUGAAUAUCGUAUUUCUAUUUUAUGGACAAAAUGGGUGAGAGAGGCCAUGCAACUGGAAAUGAUGGGUGAUGUGCACUCAAGUUUUCAUGGACCUAAGGCCACAAACCUCUUGCCAUAUAACGCUGUAGUGAAAGUUUCAAAAUGUGAGUAAAAAUUUAGUUAACUUUUCCAAAAAACUUUCCAUUUAUCUAGGCAAGUUCUGUUUUAUUUUUAUCUCCGGGAAUGUUGAGAUUCCUUCCACAAUUUUAACACCAAAAAAAAAAAAAAAAAAAAAAAAAAGAAACA